AUGAGUGAAUGUGAUAAUUGGUUUUGUGACGGUACAUUUUCAGUGACACCUCCCAUUUUUGCUCAGUUAUAUACUUUACACGGGGUAUGUUAUCCCAACGUUAUUCCUAGUGUUUACGUAAAAUAAAAUAUAUUACUGCCAAAUAAAAAAGAAAAAACUUACCGUCACAUGUUUGAAAUUUUAAAAUCACCGAAGUUAAAUUUAAAUCCAAAAAGUGUUAUGAUAGAUUAUGAAAGAGCACAGGGCCGGCCAGCUUUAAAUGCAAUCGAAACGGAGUUUUGUAAUACCGAGGUAAAAGGUUGCUUCUUUCAUAUGUCGCAAUACAUUUGGCGUCAUAUCCAAGAAUGGGGCCUACAGACAACUUAUCGAAAUGAUCCAGAGUUUUCAUUACGAAUUCGAAUGCUACCAGCAUUAGCUUUUAUUCCAGAAGCAGAUGUAAUAAAAUGUUAUAAUGCAUUACUAGUUACAAAUUAUUACACAGAUAAUGAAGAUCUACUGGCGCCGCUGAUGGAUUAUUUUGAAUGUACAUGGGUAGAAAAAUUAGACAGGAGAGGAAAAAGAAAGCCGCCAAAGUAUGCAAUCACAUUAUGGAACUGUUUUUCAAGAGUAAUUCAAGAUUUGGCUACCACAAAUAAUGCUAUAGAAGGAUGGCACAAUUGUUUCACAUCAGUUGGAAAUCAAAUUGGAAACCGAUAA